AUGAAAGAAACAAAGGGCAGGACUCAUCCAGCAAGGAAGAAAGAAGAAGCGGUGGCCCCAGACGAAGUCGAAAGCCAGAUCCCGCCAAAACUUGACCAAGCCGUAAGCGACAGUCUUCUCAAGCGAGCCGAAUUGGAAGCACUUCAGCAAUGGAGAGAUGAGGAAACCAAUAACAUGCUCAAGAGCCAGGUGGCAGCAGCAGAAUUUGAAGAUGAUGAAAUGAAUAAGAAAGUCCGGGCCAAAAUUGAGGGUACCGAUAAUUCUGCCAGAAGUGGUGCAAGUAGUACUCCCAGCAAUCUGAGAGGCAGCAGUCGACAGCAGCGACCCCAACAACAAGCUAAGAGCCAGGUGGCAGCAGCAGAAUUUGAAGAUGACGAAAUGAAUAGGAAAAUCAGGGCCAAAACGAGUUGUACCGAGAAUUCUUCCAGAAGUGUUGCUGGUAGUACUCCCGGAAAUCUGAGAGGCAGCAGUCGAAAGCAGCCACCACAAUCUUCUACAUGUACAACUGGAGCCACGCAAAAGGACUCGCCAAAAGAACUCAUGAAAAUUGUGGCUGAUAGAGCCAGUGGUGAGAUGACAGCUGCAGCAGCAGCAGAAAGCUUAGGAGACGAUUGCUGUAAAAAGCAAGGAUACAACAACAAUCACCGUGGUGAGAUGACGACAUCUUCUGAAAUCGGGAGCUCCAGGUGCAGCUUUACAACGAAUCAAUACUAUACGAUUCUCGCUGGUGGGAAGCACUGUGGCGAGACCAAUCAUGCUGGAUAUGGAGGAUCUACUUGA